GGGUUGUCAAGGAGUCCAGGGUUGUGCGGCUGCAAGCGAUACAAAAAAGGGACAGACUGAUUUCUGCAGGCUGCUCAUCAACAAAGAGAAAAGACUGGGCCUGCUUGAGUACCCCAGAGUGGAGGUCUGCUAUGGAAAGUAGAGUGGCUUAUUUAGAAGCCUGCUUGGAGGUAAUGGCUGAUGAGCUGGACCCCGAUGCCCUGGCUGAUGGUUCAGAGCCCCUUUUUUCCUUUGGAGUUAUAGCAGAUAUUCAGUAUGCUGACUUAGAAGAUGGAUUCAAUUAUCAAAGAAGCAGGCGGAGGUACUACCGGCACAGUCUUGUUCACUUACAGGGUGCCAUUGAAGACUGGAAUAAAGAACGCAGGCCGCCCUCCUGUGUCCUCCAGCUUGGAGACAUCAUCGAUGGCUACAACGCACAGUAUAAAGUCUCAGAAAAAUCUCUAGAACUUGUCAUGGACACAUUCAAAAUGCUUAAAGUCCCAGUUCACCACACAUGGGGAAAUCAUGAAUUCUAUAACUUCAAUAGAGACUUCUUAGCAAACUCGAAACUUAACAGCAAGUUUCUAGAAGACCGAAUUGUACAGCAUCCCGAGACCACGCCAUCGGAGAACUAUUAUGCUUAUCACUUUGUACCAUUCCCUAAAUUCCGGUUUGUUUUACUUGAUGCUUAUGACCUGAGUGUCUUGGGCAUAGAUCAAUCUUCUCCAAAAUAUGAGCAGUGUAUGAAGAUGCUGAGGGAGCACAAUCCAAAUGUGGAGUUAAAUAGUCCCCAAGGACUUUCUGAGCCCCAGUAUGUCCAGUUUAAUGGAGGAUUCAGCCAAGAACAGCUGAACUGGUUGAAUGAAGUUCUUACAUUCUCAGACCUGAACCAGGAAAAGGUGGUGAUUGUGAGCCAUCUUCCCAUUUACCCAGAGGCCUCUGACAGCGUGUGCUUGGCUUGGAACUACAUGGAUGCCCUGUCAAUCACAUGGUCUCACAAGUGUGUGGUGUGUUUCCUUGCUGGUCACACACAUGACGGUGGCUACUCUGAGGAUCCUUUUGGUAUACACCAUGUCAACCUUGAAGGAGUUAUUGAAACAGCUCCGGAUAGCCAGGCCUUCGGCACAGUUCAUGUCUACCCUGACAAAAUGAUACUGAAAGGGAGAGGCAGAGUUCCAGACAGAAUUAUGAAUUACAGAAGGGAAUAAGCUUUGUGUUUUUAGUCUCAUUAUCUUGUCUAUCUUUGUAGAAAAAGAAUGGUAUUGUUUUAUGUUUUACUCUAUUGCAUAUAAAGUUGAAUUCUCACUGGG